AUAAAUAAAAACACAAUGGCUCCACGCAACAAGGAACAGGAACAGGAAGUCCUCAAUUGGGUCUUUGCCGUGCUCGGCGAGAAGGUGCCCAGCGGACAGUAUGAGGAUAUCCUCAAGGACGGCAUCUGGCUGUGCAAGCUGGCCAAUAAGCUGGCACCCGGAUCCGUGAAGAAGAUCCAGGAGCGUGGCACCAAUUUCCAGCUGAUGGAGAACAUCCAGCGCUUCCAGGCGGCCGUCAAGAAGUACGGUGUCCCCGAGGAGGAGAUCUUCCAGACAGCCGAUCUUUUCGAGCGUCGCAAUAUUCCACAGGUCACCCUCUCCCUAUACGCCCUGGGACGCAUUACGCAAAAGCAUCCAGAGUUCACUGGCCCCACUCUGGGCCCCAAGAUGUCGGACAAGAACGAACGCGUCUUCACCGAGGAGCAGCUCCGUGCCCACGAGGGCGAGCUUAAUCUGCAGAUGGGCUUCAACAAGGGCGCCAGCCAGUCCGGCCAUGGAGGCUUUGGCAAUGCCCGUCACAUGUAAACGCCCACCCAUCCACCCCCACACACAGAUACACCCACACAAAUACACAAAAAUCUAAUUAGUUCAAACAAACAAAAAAAUGAAAUGAUUCUUGCGUAUGAUUUAAGCAGUGCAAAAGCUCUAAAUGUAAUUUAUAUAAUAUGAAAACAA